UCUCUUCCUUAAAAACUUAUACAAAGCAAAGAGAACAGUAUGGCAAUGUAACAAUGGUCGACAUCCUCAACUCUCAAGCUUGCUUACAUCAGGAUUCACCAGAAUGAUAGACUAGAAGACAGGAUAGCUACCUGAUGCGAAUUGUUUGUCGCAAACUGAAGAAAAUGAAAGGAGGGAAACAGAAAAUCAAAUGUGAUGACAAAUACACCAUGGCCGUGUUUGUAAGGGAGUUAAUGGAAUCCUCAGAAAUGAAUAAUGACGAACGUGAGUCACAAUUUGACUCGAACAGAGUGGAAGUGAAAGCUCAGUGUGAGGAAAUAUGGUGCUCCUUAGCUGAAGACUCUGUAAACACCCCUGAGGACAGUGAUAGUCUUACCCAGCGACAUUCUAGACCACGACUCACACAUAUUCGGGAGAAGUCUGAGAAAACACUGAAGUUUUUGAACGAAUAUGGGUUAACACCCAAACGGUUAACAUUGUCAAAUGGUAAUGUUGUGGAUAUUACCAUUUCAUAUGGCACAAGUAGCUACUCCAAGCUACCAGAAGCUGAGAAGGAGAUACUUCGCUCCUUAGUUGUUGUGUUCGACAGGUUUGGAGUGAGUUCUUCAGCGUAUCACAAAAUUGCUCAAUUGUUCCCAACACUUCCACGAACUCAUUCACGAGUUCCAGGGAAUGUGCCAGAGGCCAUGCUAAGCUUCAAGCAUGAACUGCAGAAGAAGGUUGCACAGAAGCUAACAUGCUAUCCUGAUCUGAAGCUAGUCACGUUCCAGCUGACAGGCGAUGGCACCCAAGUGAGCAGGGUAACAAACUUUCUUGUUGAAUCGUUUCAGCUGGUGGGCAGUUAAGAGACAAUAGCCUCUUUAACUCUGAGCACAUUAGCUAUCGUGAACUGUAAAGAAGAUUAGGGUGCUCUGAAAGCAAGU